AUCGAUAUCGUUACUAAGCAAAAAAUAUUCAUAAGCAAAAUAUUUUCUUUACCUAAAUUACAUUAAUUAAAGUUUCUUCCAUACUUUUCAAUCUUGUCAUGGCGACAAAAGCAACAACUAUAAAGGAAGCAAUAAAACGAUGGGAAGAGAAAACAGGCCAACAUGCGGCUACAGCAAUCGAAGUUAGUCUUAUUUUUCAAUGGCCACCCAUAGAGAAAAUGGACAAUUCCUUAUCUUGUCUCUCUAACUGCGAGAAGUUAAGCCUCUCCACAAACAUGAUAGAGAAAGUGUCCGGUUUGAAUAGUUUAAAAAAACUUCGCGUUUUGUCUUUGGGAAGGAAUUACAUCAAGUCUUUUGCUGGAAUGGAAUCUCUAGGAGAUACGUUAGAAGAGCUGUGGAUAUCAUACAAUCUAAUAGAGAAGCUGAAAGGGAUCCACGUGUUGAGAAGUCUAAAAGUCCUUUACAUGAGCAACAACUUGGUUAAGGAAUGGAGUGAAUUUCACAAACUUCAAGAACUCCCGCAUCUAGACGACUUACUAUUCGUUGGUAAUCCUCUUUACGAUGGCUGUGAGUUGGAAGUAUGGAGAUCGGAGGCGGCACGUCGACUUCCGAAUUUAAAGAAAUUGGACGGAGAAACCGUGCUUAGGGAAGAUGAGCCUCCUUUGACAGUUGCUGAUAUGCAGCCCGACGGAGGCGAUGGCGUCGAGACCCUUGUCAGUGCGGAAACCAAUGAUUGAAUUUGGAAUCUUAUUUAUGUUGGAUAAUCUGUGACCGAUUAAAAAUAAAAAAAUAUAUAAUAA